GCCUCUGUACGCGCCGCCUUUUCCCCUCGCUCUCGCGUGUUCCCCUCUGAGUCUCGGGUCCUCGCCUCCGCCUCCUUCCCUCUCGCCGCUCCUGCUUCGGGUACUGGGAGGGGAAGGCACUUUCUUGUCCCCGCGCGAAGCGAAGUGUGAAGGGGAGGGAGAUGAAUAGCGAUUGUGUGUAAGCGAUAAAUUAUAGGUCCUUCCCUCGUCGUUGGGGCGCUGACAGUGGGCCAUGGCCUCGUCACCUCCCUCCCGCGCAUAAUGGACUCGCAGAGCCUUCAGGAGUCCCCGGCCUCUGCUCUGGAAAAGACAAACAGCCGAGUCGUUGCAAAGAUCAUGGAUGCAAUAUCACUCGCACGGAGGAAAUAAGUGCUGUUCCCGGUGACCUUCCCCUUUUUCAACCGUAAACCGCCCUCCUGGUACAUACCCGCCCCUUGUGUGCCUCCGAACAGGAUUCCACAUAAAUCCCCCUUCCCUCUCCAUUAUUAAUCCUUCUCCACACACCACAGGACAAUUGACACAGCGCGAAAUAAAAGAACAAAAAACAACAACAACAUUAUUUUCAGUGGAUAAAUCAUGUAGAUGUAACAAUGCUGAUGUGAACUGAUAUUUGGCCAGCGAUACAAUUUCCAGCUCGGAGGCAAGACUCGCGUAAGCAAUGUGAUCAGACGAUAGGGAAAGUGAGAAGCCGGGAGGUGCAAGCUAUUGAGGAGUGCGUGGGUGAUUGCAACAGCGCGUCCGGAUGAAAGAGCUUAACAGGCAUGGAUGAUAAACGGCACAGAAAAGAGGGCUAAAAAACGCGAGGAGAGCGAGGCGAGAUACCCAUCAGUGUGGCACGGUCUCCCCUCUCGCGCACGACGAUAAGUGGUUAAAUUUUAUAACAAGUUUCCCGGGAGCGCAUCUUCGCUUAUUUAACUUUGCGAAUUUCGGGUUAAGCGUUUCCGGGAACCUGCACAGAGAGAGAGAAAAAUAAAAAAUAAAAAAUAAAAGUCAGGAGGAGAAAAUUGAGAUUAUAAUUUGAUCUGAGACUUAAGACCUACCACCAAUGAGAGACUUUAACCCUUUUCUAACAAACAGUAAUUAGUCUCUUCAAAACGGUAAAUUCGUCUCCUCAAAACGGGAAUAUUCCAAUCCAACAUAUCAUGGUCCAACGAGACCGCAACAGAUAGCAUGAACUCUGUUACAAGCUUUGUUCUCCCCGCUUAAAGGAAAAGCUUAAAAUCCACUCACUUGUGUGAUGAACUGAAAAAAAAGAAAGACAAGAGAGAGAGACACAGAGAGAAAGAGAGAGACAAGAAUCAGAGAUGAAGCAAAGAAGAUAAAGACAGAGAAAGAAAGUCGGAAGAGAGAUAAGAUACAGAAGAAUACACCGAGUGUCCAACGAGUGCAAGGCGGCCAAAGGAAAAAGGUCACGUUCCGGAGCAGUGCUGUGAGAGGUGACGGGGCGCAUGUGGGCGACCAUGGUGUGCAAGAAAACGGCUCCCAAUGUCAAGUAGAAGCCUGAGCAGACGCUGAGUAGCUUUAAAGCCCUUAGUGCAGACCUUGCCCCUUCCUCAUCACGGAAUCCUACACGCAAGAUGGGCAGAGAAAAUACGACCAGCGAUGACUGGAAUUACACGCUGCCCAACCUGCUGGAGUACCUGGACGGGCUGCUGGAGGGCGGCGGGCAGCCCCACAGCAACCCCAUCCUCCCGAACCCCAAUAAGGAUGCGGAGGCGCCGGCCACGACCCUCUGGGGGGCGCUCACCUCCUCCUCGACGCCGCCCACUACCACCACCACCACGCCCGCGCCCAUCAACAAGCCCAUGUUCGUCAUGAACUUCACGCUGCGCACCACCGUCGACACGCUCCUGCAGACGCGCGUCAACCUGUCCAAGGCCCUCGAUCCCCUGACGUCUCCCUCAGGGGCUGGAGGCAGCGUCCUCGGCCUCGACGUCGACCCCUCGGACGUCGGCCUCGGCCUAGGCAUGGGGGUGGCCACGCUGUCCUCCGCCUCGUCCACGUCCUCCGCGUCCUCGUCCUCCUCGCCCUCGUCCUCGUCCUCGGCCAGCACCCCCGACCUCCUCCUCGCCGGGAACGAGUCUCUGGUCACCCUCGACGACUCCUUCUGGCUCGCCGGCGGGAACGACUCGGCCAACCAGAGCCACUUCUUCGGCAACGAGACCUCGGACGGGCUCCUCGUGGACACCGUGGGCAUGGUCAUCACGUCGGUCAUCCUCGGCAUCAUGAUCCUCACUACGGUCAUCGGAAACGUGUUCGUGAUCGCCGCCAUCUUGCUCGAGAGGAACCUUCAACAGGUGGCAAAUUUCCUGAUCGUGUCGCUGGCGGUGGCCGACUUGAUGGUGGCCUGCCUCGUCAUGCCUCUCGGCGCUGUGUACGCGAUAAGCAAGGACUGGAUUCUGGGCCCCGAGCUCUGCGAUAUGUGGACCUCGAGUGACGUGUUGUGCUGCACGGCCUCUAUUCUCCACCUGGUCGCCAUCGCACUCGACAGGUACUGGGCGGUCACGCAAGUGGACUACAUCCACUCCCGCAACGGCACGCGCAUCGGCACCAUGAUCCUGAUGGUGUGGCUGACGGCGGUGGUGGUGUCCAUAGCGCCCCUCUUCGGCUGGAAGGACCCCGACUUCCUGGUGCGGGUCAACCAGCACAAGAAGUGUCUUGUGUCUCAGGACGUCGGCUACCAGAUCUUCGCCACCAUGGCCACCUUCUACGUCCCUCUGACAGCCAUCUUGAUUCUCUACUGGAAGAUCUUUCAGGCGGCGCGGAAGAGGAUCCAUAAGAACCGCCCGGGAGAGAAGAAGGAGGCGAAGAAGAAAGGGAAUAAUAACAGGACGAAUAGGGCGAAGGCCAACAGAGGCGGCGGGAGCAGCGGAGGCGAGCCAAAGCCCAACGGCGUGACGGAGCACCAGACCACCGCCUUCACCACCGUCAACAGCGGAUCGCCCGACAAAAUCUCCAACAACGGGGCGGUGUCCGUGUCCUCCCACGUGAGCGAGGUGUCCAGACUGGAGAUGCUGCCCAAGGAAGCCCCGAAGAAGACCAAGAAGGAGACCCUGGAAGCCAAGAGGGAGAAGAAGGCCGCCAAGACGCUGGCCAUCAUCACGGGCGCCUUCGUCGUGUGCUGGCUGCCCUUCUUCGUGACGGCGCUGCUCAUGUCCAUAUGCCCCGGCUGUUACUUCUCCGAUCUCAUGUUCUCCAUCUUCCUCUGGCUGGGCUACUUCAACUCCACCCUCAACCCCAUCAUCUACACCAUCUUCAGCCCGGAGUUCAGAGAGGCCUUCAAGAGGAUACUCUUCGGCAGGAAGGCCCAGAGGUACCGCCCGGGGAAGGUGCGCUGAGAGGAGUCCGCCCCCACCCCAGCGAGGCCGGUCCUGGACGCGGUGGUCGAUGGUGAAUGGUGCAAUGUACUCUGUGUGUAUUUGUGUAUACAAGCAUUAUCACUGUGUAUAUAUUACGCAUUCGUUUCGAGGUGUGAGCGUCCGUCACGCGAUGACCUGUGUAGAUGAAAAAGAAACAAAAAAAAAAAAUAUGUAUAACUCGUGGAAAGUCUCCUGGCAUGAACUCCAUAUUGUAAAUACGAUCAUACGUUUCCCUGCGCCGGAAAGCACGUCUGUCAGCGGUCAAGAAGAAUUGUAAACAUAUAGAGGGUCCAGCAUAUCUAUUACAAUUAUAUUUCUGAAAUAUCAAUAAUGAUAGACCCACAUAGACAUAUAUAUCGGUUGACUUCGCAUGACUAAGUGUACAGGAUGCAUUUCUAAACAUGGCUUCAUCCAAGGAGAUGUGUAAAUAGGAAAAAAAAAAUAUAAAUUUAGUUCCAAUAUGUCGCAGGUGUAUAUUUUUAUAUCAACUGAAGUUAAGACAUAAUGUUUUGAAAAAAAUAGCAUAGUCAUAUCGGAAUAAAUGUAUAUAGCUAGACCUACAGUUCAUGGAUGUAAAGUGUACAUUCGUUCAGUGUAAUAUAAUGAAAGGAAAGACUGUUUUGAUAAAGAGGACUUAGUUUCAACAACAUGAAAUAACAGUAUCGUGUAGCGUUGAGUAUUGUCGUGUCAUAGCAUACCUCCAUGUGUCGGCUAGAUUCCCCCGUAAGGCGCUAAUCGCAACAGCUGCGUCUGUGGCUUCCCUAUCGUGUGAACGGUUAGGUCUACGUGCGUGACGUAGUAUAGUCCGAGAGCCUCCACCUGCAGCUAUGAUCACGGAAAGGAAAUGGUGCUUUUUGGUUUGACAAUUCCUUCCUCCUCUUCCCAAAUCGAAGCUCGGUUUUGUCCCUGGUGAAAUUCCAAGUAGUGUCAGUGAUUCAGGACAUCAGAGAUUACAGAAGGAAGCUGCUCAAUCAAACCGAACUCUGCGAAACCCUUUUAUUACGAGUGGAACGAAGUGAUUUUUCUGCCGCUGCAUUCUUUCAAACAUUACGUACGUCCUAUGUGAUGUUAUAAAUAUCUGCACUAAAGUAAUUUUCAGGAAUUGAUUUUCAAGUAUUUUCUAUGAAAGUUAUUGUAAAUAUGAAAAGCCAUAUAGUUUCAUAAAACAACUAAUUAUGAGCUUAUAAUAGAAUUUACACAUGAGUGUGUGCAUGUGCAAGUGAAUGUAUGUAUGUGCGUGUGUUACAACCUAUAAAACGGUAUGUUAUUUUCACAUGAAUCUAACUAUCAGCUGUUCGUUUCUAUGAGAAAUCCACUGUGCACGCGCGUGUGAGUGGAUGGUGCGGUUGCGUAUGUUUGUUGGCAUGUGAAUGUAGAUAUCCUUGGCUUAGUGGAGGACACGGGUGUAGCGAAAGAUGGUCUUAUGCAAUUUUGGUAUUGCACCUUAAUGAUCAUCGGCAUUUAGUUAAUUAUCGGGAAAGUCACUUAUGAAUGCUUCGGGAGAACCACAAUUAAUCAUAAGUAAUAUUUAGAUAUAUUUAUUAUAUAAAGAUUGAUGAAUAUCCAUUAGGAAUGUCGUAGACUAUAUUAUUACAUAUAGGUAGAAACUCGUCAGGGUAUGAACUCAUUUAAUGACAGAGGCUGCUGGACACGCCCUCUUUGUACUCCACACGCUAAUGCGAAACGUGAAAAAUCUCAGUGACUCUUAACAACUCUCAAAUCAUUGACCUGAAACGAAACAAAGGUGCCUGUCGAUUACACUGAGGGAACUCCACCUCCUCUGUCAUUCACUGUAGCCCAUGAGUCCAUAUUCCCCCGUCUCGAGUUCAUUUCCCCCGUGGUAAAGUUACCGAAUGAAGGCGUUAGAUUAGGUGUUCUGUUCCUGGGAGUCCGGUUCUCUCUGCGUAAAUUUUGCUGCCAAAGAUUAGGUCUUCUGUCUUGUGAUAUUUCGUUGAUCUUUUCCAUUAUACGUAUAUUUAA